UCUCACCCCCCAAAAAUGUAUAUCUGUACCAAGUUCGUCUCCUCUCCUUCCUUGGUCAGGAGCAUCUCUCAGCUGCUGAGCCGACCAUUGUCGGUAGUGUUGCUGAAACGGCUUGAGACACUGACAGAUGAGAGCCUCAGUAGCUUGGCAGCCCCACGUCUCCUGACCUCACUUAUUUCCAGUCACAGCUUCCAAACCAGCACCGUCUCAAGGGACAUCGACACAGCAGCCAAGUUCAUUGGGGCUGGGGCCGCCACAGUCAGGGUGGCUGGCUCUAGGGCUGGGAUUGGAACUGUGUUCAGGAGCCUCAUCAUUGGUUAUGCCAGGAACCCUUCUCUGAAGCAACAGUUCUCCUACGCCAUUCUGGGCUUUGCCCUCUCGGAAGCCAUGGGGCUCUUUUGCCCGAUGGUGGCCUUUCUCAUCCUCUUUACCAUGUAAAGGAGCUGU